GUGGAAUUCCCUCAUGCAGGAGUUUGCACUGGAUGCCUUUACAAAGCUGGAUACUCUGGGAGCAGCGUGGGCUGAUGGAGUAGGAACUAGCCUGAGCGAUCUUUACGAGCUGAGAUCCCGCACAUCGCAGAAGGGUUUGUUUCUCCGCGCAAAAGCUGGGACCCUGUAGAAACCUGCUUUAAAAAACAAGUGACCAAAAUACUCAAAUGCACCAGACUUCUUCAUGAACUCGCCAUGAACAUAUUUUUCAUUUUUUUUGGCAGAAACGUGCGUGUAACUUUCUCUGGAGGAACUGAGGAUUUUUGUAGUUGGUCUCCUAGUGUUUUAAAUCUGAGAACCCAGUAGAGUCUUUUCCGCAGUGAUGAGGGAGUGACAAGUUGGAGCUUCUGUCAGUGCACCUGGAAACUGUGAGCAGCUAAAGCCUGCUGCCAAGCCCCCAAUGGGACCAAGGCCAAGCUCCUGCGCUCCUCACAGGGAUGAAGGUAGAGCCAUGUUACCUGCUACCUAAGCUCACUGGUGCUGAUGUGGUUUGUGGAUAUGGUCCCAGACCAGGCUCCGUGCACAGACUCUCAGCUCUGAUCCCACCUGAGACGUUUUAGCGGCAGCAGAGACCCCAGCUGUGGAGUGGGCUCCCCCGACCACCCCGUGACGGAGGGCCUGCAGCGCUGGAGAGUUACUAUGCAGCUUGGACUGCUUGUGGUGGUGGUUUUUCUAAGCUCGAUGGAUCUAACAGGCAGCAGCAAAGUGGUGAAGGGCAAGAGGCAAAGACGAAUCAGCACCGAGCUGAGUCAGGGCUGUGCCAGAGGCUGCGACCUGUGCUCUGAGUUCAAUGGGUGCCUGAGGUGUUCCCCCAAACUCUUCAUCCUUCUGGAGAGGAACGAUAUCCGACAAAUUGGGAUCUGCCUGCCUUCUUGUCCACUGGGAUACUUUGGCCUUCGCAAUACAGACAUGAACAAGUGCAUCAAAUGCAAAAUUGAGAACUGUGAGUCCUGUUUCAGUCGAAACUUUUGCACAAAAUGUAAGGAAGGUUUGUAUUUGCACAAAGGGAGAUGUUAUGUCACGUGCCCCGAAGGCUACGCUGCUGCCAACGGCACCAUGGAGUGCAGCAGUCCUGCACAAUGUGAAAUGAGUGAGUGGGGGCCCUGGGGGCCCUGCUCCAAGAAGAGGAAGCUCUGUGGCUUCAAGAAGGGCAAUGAAGACCGAACCCGGCGGAUUCUGCAGGCUCCCUCUGGAGACGUGUCCCUGUGCCCACCCACCACAGAGGUGCGGAGGUGCACUGUGCAGAAGAGCCAGUGCCCUGAAGGGAAAAGGAAGAAAAAGGAAGAGCAAGGAAAGCAAGAUAAUGGAAAUAGAAAUCGGAAAGACACCAAAGACACUAAGUCUGGCACGAAGAAGAGGAAGAGCAAACAGAGAGGGGCCGCGGUGCCCGUGACGCCUGCCAGCCCUGCCCAGUAGCUGGCCCUGCGUGUCACCCGAUGGCAAGACUCCAUUGCUGCUAUGUAUAUGAAAGCUUUAUUGAACAGAGCACUGCUACACCACACCUACACAUGUCCAGACAGACAUAUACUCCAGACUGAUCCAGAGACCAACAGAGGCCAUGCACACAAUACUUCAGGAGCCUGCACGCACCCCGGGCCCAGGAAGGACAGAAGGACACCGCCGAGGAGAGGAAACUGCCGAGGAGUGGAAGCGCACACAGAGAGGGGAAGCCCAUGGGUCCAGGGCUCUGCG